CUCCUCCAGCCUCCCCCGGAGAGAGGCGCUCUAGAGUUUGAGCUGCGGUGCCGCCACGAGGUGUCCGGAUCUUGCAUCCAAACGCGUCUGCAAGUCGAAAUGUCGCACCCGUCACCCCAAACUAAGCCCUCCAACACCAGUAACCCCCGAGUCUUCUUUGACGUGGACAUCGGAGAGGAGCGAGUUGGUCGAAUUGUCUUAGAAUUGUUUGCAGAUAUUGUACCCAAAACUGCAGAAAAUUUUCGUGCACUAUGUACAGGAGAAAAAGGCAUUGGACCCACAACUGGGAAACCUCUCCAUUUCAAAGGAUGCCCUUUCCAUCGAAUUAUUAAGAAAUUUAUGAUUCAAGGUGGAGACUUCUCAAAUCAGAAUGGAACAGGUGGAGAAAGUAUUUAUGGUGAAAAAUUUGAAGAUGAAAAUUUCUAUUAUAAGCAUGAUCGAGAGGGUUUAUUGAGCAUGGCAAAUGCAGGCCAAGAUACAAAUGGUUCUCAGUUCUUUAUCACAACAGUUCCAACUCCUCAUUUGGAUGGGAAACAUGUGGUGUUUGGCCAAGUAAUUAAAGGAAUAGGUGUCGCAAGGAUACUGGAAAAUGUAGAAGUGAAAGGUGAAAAACCUGCCAAAUUGUGCGUUAUUGCAGAAUGUGGAGAAUUGAAGGAAGGGGAUGAUUGGGGAAUUGUCCCAAAAGAUGGUUCUGGCGACAGUCAUCCAGAUUUCCCUGAGGAUGCAGAUAUUGAUUUAACAGAUGCCCUUGAAAUAGACCCAUCAAAUACCAAAGCUCUGUACCGCAGAGCUCAAGGAUGGCAAGGAUUAAAAGAGUAUGAUCAAGCAUUGGCUGAUCUUAAGAAAGCUCAGGAGAUAGCACCAGAAGAUAAAGCUAUCCAGGCAGAGUUGCUGAAAGUCAAACAGAAGAUAAAGGCACAGAAAGAUAAAGAGAAGGCAGUAUAUGCAAAAAUGUUUGCUUAAUAAGGAUUCAGUUUUGCUUAAAUACUAUGUAUUGAUUGUAUGAAGGCAAUAAGAAAAUGUAAGGGUUUUUGUCUAUUAUAUAUGAUCCCUAAUGUGUUUCUUUUGACACCUCAGUUCCCUGUUGUUUACAGUUUAAGAAGCACUGAUGGGGGUUUGCUAUUAAUUAAAGUGUUUGAAUACACUGAAGUUGGUUUUUAAAAAAAUGGUUAUGUGCAUUAUUUACAAAGAAUAAUGGUGUCUGGU